AGCGGUAGAAAUGGCAGGGCGGAGACGCGAGAGACUCCUGCAGCCCGCAACCCUGGAGAAGCCGCUGCCAGCCUGUGCAGCAGCAGACCAUACCGAGCUGGGGGGGGGGGGGGCCAAGGGCCCGACUCGGUAGAAGGCAGCCGCUUCCUACAUGCCUGAGUCUCCGUAUAACCAAAUUGCGGGACGAGAAGAAGGUGUAGCAGUCCAUGGACGGCAACGGGGUGGGGUGGGGGGCUCAGGUUCGGGCCCCGGGCCUAAGCCCAAGCGCUCCUCCUCUGACGGGCGCAGCCCUGGGCGGCCUCUCCACGGUGAGGGGCGGAGGCGGGCCGCGAGCGAGCGACCCAAGUCCCGCGUGGCCUCGGGUCGCCCAGGGCAGGCCAGCAGCAACUUCCGGACGAGCCGAGGCACGAUGAGGAGCUCGAGGCCCUGGCGGGAGGCGGCCACGGUGCUGCUGGCGGCCGGCGGCUGCUCUCCGCGGCAGCCCCCUUCCUCCUGCCCGCCGCCGCCGGGCGCCCCCUUCGACUACGAGCUGCUGCUGCUCCGCCGCAGCCCGCGCAGCGCCUUCCUGCCCAGCGCCCACGUCUUCCCCGGCGGGACGGUGGACGCGGCCGACUUCUCGGCCGACUGGCGGGCGCUACUGCCGGGCGGCGCCGCCUCCUCCUCGCAGGGCGGGCUGAGCUCCGGCCGGCCGCGGGCGCCGCCGCUCUUCGCCGCCGACCGGCCCGAGCUGAGCAGCUCUCCGCUGCCGCAGGAGGUGGCCUUCCGCCUCUGCGCCAUCCGGGAGACGUUCGAGGAAGCCGGCGUCCUUCUGCUGGUUGACGCCGCAGCGGAGCCGCCGCCCGGCGGGGCUGCUGAGCCUCCCGGCCCGCUGCUGCCCCCCGAGCGCCUGCCGCCGGCCUCGGAGCUGGCCGAGUGGCGGCGGAGGGUGCAGCGGCAGCCGGCCUCCUUCCUGCAGCUCUGCCGCCAGCUGCGCGGCGUGCCCAACAUCUGGGCGCUGCACGAGUGGUCCAAGUGGCUGACCCCCGUGGGCCGGGCCGGGCGCGGCGGCCGGCGCUACGACACGGUCUUCUACCUCUGCUGCCUCGGCCAGGGCCCGCCGUCGGCCUCGCACGACGACCGGGAGGUCACGGAGUGCCAGUGGUCAACACCUCCAAAAGCUGUUGAACUCUUUAAGUCUCAAGACAUCUGGAUAGCACCUCCUCAGUUUUAUGAAUUAUGUAGACUCUGCAACUUCCCAUCACUUCAUGAGCUACAUAGGUUUGGCUCUGAACGAGCUUUAGAAGGAUGUGAGCAUUGGAUGUCUGUUAUGUUGAUUGCUUCAGAUGGUCACAUGCAGCUGUUACCAGGUGAUGAGCUAUAUCCAGAAGAUCCCGAUUUUACAGGAGAAAGGAAGCCAGUGUUGACAACAGAGAAAAAGAUUGAAGAUCUAAUGAAAGGGGCCAGUAGACUUCACCGGAUAGUGACACAAGACCUUAAUGUUGCUGUCCAUGUGAAUAUCCAGCCCAAAUAUAAACACAUCCGUCCAGUAAUGAUGGAUUCUAAAGUGAGAAACAACAAAGAUCACAAUAGUAGAUUAUAGUAUUAUUUUGGGCAUUGACAUUAGUUUCCAUUUUCAUAUAUAUACAGACUGAUAUGACAGUUCCAGAGCUAGCUAGCCUGGAGGUUCAAGCCCAAACUCAUGUAUUUGAGAGCAGCAGGUAUCAAAGCUUCUGUGCCACUUUAUCCACAUACCUCAAGCCUGAUAUAAGUGAUGUAGACUUCAUUCUAGGCAUGACUCUAACUGUUUCUCUCUCAAAUUUGGUGCAAACGUGCCAUUUCUGGAGUGGACAUCUGUCUGCUAAGAACUUGACCUUAAUCUACACGUUGAUGGAUUUAGGUCAUUGAAGAGCUAGUGGGGCAGUUUGGGGGCAUGGCUGGACUAGGUCAUUCAUCUAUAUUGACAUGAGUUGAAGACUUUCAGGAUCAAUAUAGUUCAAUAUCUUGCAACUAUUCUGCUUAAAAUUUAGCUACCCUAUUUACUUCAAAGUAAAGUCCACUGAAUUCAGUGGGGCUUGCUUCCAAAUAACUGCUAUAAUUGCAGUUUUAUAUAGUAUGACUUGGUGUGUCUUUACAUGGUACUUACAGACGUGUCUUAUAAGUGCCAUCGAUUACACUAAAGUGCAGAAGUUUUUACUUCUAGCAGGUGUUUUUCUAGACACACUAACAUGUUGGUGCUGUCUAAAGUUAAUUAUAUUACAUUGGGUGGUUGGGGUUUGAAUUCCUAUAUUUCAGAACGUCAAGUGAUACGCACUUAGGUUAGCUGUGUUCGCUAAAGCUAAUUUAUUUGCAUUUCUGUUGAAAUAAAUAUUUAUUUUCAGCAA